CCGCAUAUCUUGAUUACAGAUCCGGCGCCGGACGGCGGCUACGGUUGGGUUGUAGUGUUGGCCUCAUUCCUAUGCAAUGUCAUCGUCGACGGCAUCGCCUAUACGUUCGGCCUAUUCUUCGAGGAGUUUGUCCGACAUUUUGGCACAACUAAUGGAAAGGUAGCUCUUUGUGGAUCAUUGCUCAACGGAUGCUAUCUUGGAGUCGGUCCAAUAGUGAGUGCUUUGGCCAACAAAUACGGCUGUCGUUUCGUUACAAUCCUGGGAAGUGUUAUCGCAUUCAUUGCUCUGCUUUUGUCAACCAUUGCACCCAAUAUUGAAGUUCUUAUGCUUACGUAUGGAGUUAUGGGAGGCGUUGGUUUUGGGUUAAUAUAUUUGCCGGCAAUUGUUUCGGUCGGAUAUUACUUCACGACACGGCGAGCGUUGGCCACAGGUCUGGCCGUUUGCGGGUCAGGUGUCGGCGCCUUUAUGUUCGCGCCGUUGACUCAAUACUUGUUAACUAAAAUGGAUUGGAAGAACACACUUAUGAUUUUGGCCGCUCUGGCCCUUCACUGCACUGUCUUCGGGGCACUGAUGCGUCCGCUCAACGUUCACGCGGAGGCCAUCGUUGUCGACGACUCCAACACA